CCCACCAUGGCCUCAACCCCCUGCACCCGCUUCACCGACGAGUAUCAGCUCUUCGAGGAGCUCGGAAAGGGGGCCUUCUCGGUGGUGAGAAGAUGCAUGAAAAUCCCUUCGGGACAAGAGUAUGCUGCUAAAAUUAUCAACACCAAGAAGCUCUCGGCUAGGGAUCACCAGAAAUUGGAAAGGGAAGCCAGAAUCUGCCGCCUUCUGAAGCACCCAAAUAUUGUGCGACUCCAUGACAGCAUAUCAGAGGAAGGAUUCCAUUACCUAGUCUUCGAUUUAGUCACUGGAGGGGAACUUUUUGAGGACAUAGUAGCAAGGGAAUAUUACAGUGAAGCUGAUGCAAGUCAUUGUAUACAGCAGAUUCUAGAAAGUGUAAAUCAUUGUCACCUAAAUGGCAUAGUUCACAGGGACCUGAAGCCCGAGAACUUGCUUUUAGCUAGCAAAUCCAAGGGAGCAGCUGUGAAACUGGCAGACUUUGGCUUGGCGAUAGAAGUUCAAGGAGACCAGCAGGCAUGGUUUGGUUUUGCUGGCACACCAGGAUAUCUUUCACCAGAGGUGCUACGAAAAGAUCCCUAUGGGAAGCCAGUGGAUAUGUGGGCAUGUGGUGUCAUUCUGUAUAUUCUCCUGGUGGGUUAUCCUCCUUUCUGGGAUGAAGAUCAGCAUAGACUUUACCAGCAGAUCAAGGCUGGAGCAUAUGAUUUUCCAUCACCAGAGUGGGACACCGUGACUCCUGAAGCCAAAGACCUUAUCAAUAAAAUGCUUACCAUUAACCCUGCCAAAAGGAUCACAGCUUCAGAGGCACUGAAACACCCAUGGAUCUGUCAACGUUCCACUGUUGCUUCUAUGAUGCACAGACAAGAAACUGUAGACUGCUUGAAGAAAUUCAAUGCUAGAAGAAAACUAAAGGGUGCCAUUCUGACAACCAUGCUGGCUACAAGAAAUUUCUCAGCAGCCAAGAGUUUGCUUAAGAAACCAGAUGGAGUGAAGAUAAACAACAAAGCCAACGUGGUAACCAGCCCCAAAGAAAAUGUACCCACCCCGGCGCUGGAGCCCCAAACCACUGUAAUCCACAACCCAGAUGGAAACAAGGAGUCCACUGAGAGCUCCAAUACGACCAUUGAGGAUGAAGAUGUGAAAGCGGCCAAGUGCAUAGAACAUGCAAAUCUAGAGGCUCACCCCCAGAAGUCUGCUUCUUUCCAGGCUACUGUUUCCUCUGUACAGUCACGGAAGCAAGAGAUUAUCAAAGUCACCGAGCAGCUGAUUGAGGCCAUCAACAAUGGAGAUUUUGAAGCUUACACAAAGAUCUGCGACCCAGGUCUUACCGCUUUUGAACCUGAAGCUCUGGGUAACUUAGUGGAAGGGAUGGAUUUUCAUCGAUUCUACUUCGAAAAUGCUUUAUCUAAGGGCAACAAGCCAAUCCACACCAUUAUCCUGAACCCUCACGUCCACCUGGUCGGUGACGACGCUGCUUGCAUAGCCUACAUCCGACUGACCCAGUAUAUGGAUGGCAGCGGGAUGCCGAAGACCAUGCAGUCUGAAGAAACUCGGGUCUGGCACCGUCGGGAUGGGAAGUGGCAGAAUGUUCACUUUCACCGUUCAGGGUCACCCACGGUGCCCAUCAAGUAAAUAUUCCCCGGCAGGCGGCUUCCUUCAUACUAAAAAUCAACAGUGCCAGUCCUGCAUUCUCAGUUCGCAAGGAUCCUGGAUGGUAAUCACCCAGGACUUCCCUCCUCUUCAUGCAUGUUUCCAAGUGCAUGAAGCUGUGAAGGUCCCACAUGUAAUGCAUAUGUGAUGCAUCAUUUUGUUGUAUAUUCCAUCUGUACAUUUUGUUUACACUUCAACCAGUGGGGAUGUUCCCGGCAAAUUCAAAUUGAUGAUGAGAUUUAAAAAGAAAAAAACAAACAUG